UCCUACUAAUACGGCUACUGCUAAUGUUCUGCUACAGCAAAUGUUCCUGCUACCUCGAUUAAUACUGCUACUGCUAAUGUUCUGCUACAGCUAAUGUUCCUUCUAAUACUGCUACUGCUAAUGUUCCUGCUACUCCUAAGGUUCAUACUAAUACUAAUAAGGUUCCAGCUACAUGCUAAUACUAUUGCUAAUACUUCUAUUUUUAAGGUACAGAGAAGGAGGCGGGAAUAGGGUAUCUCGGCAGGCUCGGCUUUAAAAACGACGUGAUGACGUUGCGGGCCGUGCGUGAGCUGUCAGUUGGCGCCGGGCAGAUGCAGUCAGAGCCCCCCCCCUCCCCCAGCAUCCUGCUGCUGGAAGCGUUUUACGGAGGAUCUCACAAACAGCUGAUUGACCUGCUGAAGGAGAACAUCGACGGCUGCUCGGUCUUCACUCUUCCCGCCAAGAAAUGGCACUGGAGGGCGAGAACCUCGGCUCUGUACUUCAGCCAGAACGUCCCCGCCUCUACGUCAUACAGAGUCCUGUUCAGCAGCUCGGUCCUGAACCUGUGUGAGCUGGUGGCUCUCAGACCAGAUCUGGCCCGUCUGAAGAAGGUCCUGUACUUCCACGAGAACCAGUUGGUUUACCCGGUCCGCAAAGACCAGGACCGAGACUUCCAGUAUGGAUACAACCAAAUCCUGUCAUGCCUGGUGUCAGAUGUGGUGGUCUUUAACUCUCUCUUCAACAUGGACUCCUUCCUGUCCUCCAUCUCCUCCUUCAUCAAGAAGAUCCCGGACCACAGACCCUCAGGCCUGGACCAGCUGAUCCGUCCUAAGUGUGUGGUCCUCAACUACCCAGUCCAGUUCCCUGAUGUCAGCAGGCUGCUGCCCAAACCCAAACUGGUCCUCCAGCAGCAGAACAGACCUGAGGAACCUCAGACUCCACGGUGUGAGGAGCAUCAGCAGGAUCCACAUCAGUCCACCUCCGAACCCAGACCAGACCAGAACCCUGUUCCUGAGGAGGACUCUGAGGACCGGGUCAGACCUCUGCAUAUCGUCUGGCCUCACAGGUGGGAACAUGAUAAAAACCCGGAGCUGUUCUUCUCCACGCUGCUGAAACUGAAGGACAAACAUCUGCACUUCCACCUGUCGGUGCUUGGAGAGACCUUCACUGAUGUACCAGAGAUCUUCUCGGAGGCCAGACGUCUGCUGGACUCUCACAUCCUGAACUGGGGCUUUCAGUCCAGUAAAGACGACUACCUCCGAGUCCUGUGUGAGGCCGACGUGGUCGUCUCCACCGCCGACCACGAGUUCUUCGGAGUCGCCAUGUUGGAGGCUGUUCACUGUGGCUGUUUUCCUCUGUGUCCCAAAGCUUUAGUUUAUCCUGAAAUAUUCCCAGCAGAGUACCUGUACUCCACGCCUGAGCAGCUGUGUAAACGGCUGCAGGGACUCUGCAGGAGGCCGGACGUCGCCCGCAGACAUGUCGUCAAGGUCGACACCUCCUCCUUCUCCUGGACCCGUCUGAAGGAUCGUUUUAAGACUCUGCUGGCAGACUCAUGUCCCUGAACGCACUACGGACCAGGACACUGAGACUUGAGUUCAUGAGCGUUGGAUGUUUGGAGGUUUGGAGUCUUCAUCAUGCCUGACUCGACGCCACGUCCCGCAAAAAGCGGCGGUGACGUCCAGGCCAAGCGUCUCGGGCACCUCUGAGCUCCGUCUGCCGAGCUGGAGACGCCAAGUCUGGACCUGUAAAUGUCCCCGUCGAGCAGAACUCCCUUUUAUGUGUGUGGUUUGGGGGGGGGGGGGGUUUAAAGUGUAAUAGCUUUCAUGUUUCCACAGGCAGUGCCACCUCAUAUAUCCGCCUGGAUCCAUUUUUAUCCUUUGUUGUGUUUCUGGUCUUCACCACACGGACUGAGUGGCAGCCAGGAGCCGGGUCCAGGAGCCGGGUCCAGGAGCCGGGUCCAGGAGCCGGGUCCGUCUGCUGCUCCACCUGAGCUGCCAGGUUCAGGCCUGCAACCAAUUAACUCAUCAAGUGGAUCUACAGACGUUUGUUACCAAGGAGAUGACAGCACAUCACACAUGAGCAACAUGUAACUUUAUUAUGACUUUAUCCAGUCCGUUAUUAAAACGGGAUCAGACCUGCAGCUCCUUUUAUUAACAUCAACCUCCUCAUGAGGCUGUAAUCCUAAUCUAUAUCUGAUCAAUAAAUAACUAAUAAUAUUUAUGGAAGAAAAAAGAUGAAAUAUUACACAGAUCAGUCAUUUAAUAAAUAGUGUACUAUAACGAGUCACAGCAUGUGAGAAGAAAAGAGCUGAAAUUGUUUAUGGAAGUUAAUUUAUGACAACACAAAAAGGUCUGAUUUAAAAAAACAACAAAAAAAAAAUGUUACGGAGCUUGAAACAUUUUUGUCUUUUAUUAACAAACUUUUGUCUAAUAACAAAAUUAAUUGUUAAUUUAACAAAGACAAAGUGAUGUGUCAGCACAUUCCUGCAAAGUGACAAGAAUCUAUUAAAAACCAGUGAAUCAGACGAAAAUACACAUUACAAAUACAAUAAUAUGAUAAAGUCAAAAUGACCUAAUAAAUAGAAUUUACCAAUCACACUUUUGCAGCUGGUAAAUUUCUAAAUUAACAGGUAAAUUAAAAUAAUUAAGCUAUUAGGUAAAAACGUCAAAAAUGAUUCUUCGGUACUGAAACAAAAAAUGUGAUAACAGAAAAUAAAAGAUACUUAAACUAUGAUGUAGAAAAUCAUGUAAUUGUCAUUUCUGCUAAGAAAAAAUAAAGUUACACAUGAUAAAAAUACUUUGGUUUGUCAAAAUUAUUUGAUACUUUAGAUUUUAUGAAACUUAAUUGUAAAUAAAACUAAAAAAAAUUUCACGUUUCAUCAUCAUCAGUAUACAUGGAAAACUUCAGUCAAAUCUCAAGUCAGUCAGACUCACAGUGCAAGGGGGCGUGGCCUUAACGACAGCGCCACCAUGGCUGAACAGGUCACAUUUCUUCACAAUAAGCCGACAGGUUCUGUCCCUUCACGGCUUCAACUUUAAUCAUGUGAUAAAUUUGACAAAUUAAAAACAUUAAGUGGAAAAUCGUUGAAAAUUAUAGUUUUAAGUGAAAAAACAAGAUACAAAGUCUCAAAUAAAAAUAUUAGAAACCUGAACCUAUAUGAAAUAUGUAUAUUUCUAUUUGAUGGAUGGUCCAGCUCUAAAUUUUAAAAUAAAUUCUGACUUUAUGAUGUCACUGAUCGAUGAAAUAAAAUAUAAAUAAAGUAAACUGUUUGUAAAUAUGAAGUGCAGUAGCACCAGACUGGUUCAGGUCAUGACCCGAUGACAUCAUAAACCUCCAGAACAACACGCUGCAAAUAAAGUUUUUACAGCAGAGUCUAUAAAACACAGAGGCAUUAAAGCUUUUCAUUGGCCUGUUAAUAUGUGUGUGGACGGAGCUGCAGGUCGAGGACGUGGUGUCGGAGGACUCGUCUGAGCGCGCUCAGUCUGACUCUCCGGCUGCUGUCUCUGUGGAUCUGUCCUCUGAUGCGUAGCCUCAGUGAGUCGCUCUCUGCUGUAAUUAAAGCCUUUUACUCUGUGGCCUGGGGUCACGGAUAAAGUCACAGCAGCUUGUUUGUGCGUGAGAUGUUUGUGUCUCUGCAGCAGCUGAAUCAGUGACCUGAGGCCUGGAGCUGAGACCUGCUCUCUGAACUCAGCCUCAACACGGAGACACUGACUGUCCUCUGACACGUUCACUGACACUCGGUACACGGGAUUUCAUUUUCAUUCAUAUCCAGCCCCCACCCUCUUAUACAUGUCUCUGCUGUUUGUGGCCAGUUCAGUCUCUGACCAUAUAUUUAAUAUCUGUGUAAUUAAUUAUGUUUUCUACAAAGUCUUUUGGACAAUUUUACAUCAAAUGUUUUUUAUGAUCAGAUGUAAAGUUUCAGACCCUGGAUGUUUAAUGUUUCCAUGAGUCAGUGACUUACACUGAGCUUCAGUUUCAGACCUGUUUCUCCUCCUGUAUCAGUUUGCAUGGAGUCAGACUGUCUCAUUACCAGCAGCUGUGAUCAGCUGUGAUCACUUCCUGUCUGCAGUGUAUCAUCAUGUUUUACUGUGAAACUGAAGGAAACUUGGAAACAGGAUGAUUCUCUAUGAAGUUCUGCAGAGAUGAGAAUCUUCUUUCUUCAUGACUCCGACACUGUCCACAUAUUUAAGGUUAUGAGACCAUGUAUUAAAAAUGAAUUCAGAUAUUAAUAGUAAUUAUACUGAUGAAUAAGAAUAAAUGGAAGGGGGAGAACUGGCACCAAAUCAAACUCAUUAGAAAAGAUUAUAAAUGUUUUUCAUUUUGUCAUCAGCUGUGUUUCGUUACAUUUUAGGGAAAUGUGAAACAUCAACAUGAAAUGUAGAUAUGUCUUCAUGUGGUUGGACAGUGAAGCCAUUAAAACCUCUGUUUAAACAUAAUUCAAUCAAAGGCUUUUGUAAGUUUAAAUUUCAGGGUGAAAUGUUGUUUCACGGCGUUUGUGAACAAAUGGAGCUUUAAUAUUCCAGCUGACAGAGUCACAGAAGAAGAGGAAGAACAGAGAAAUGUAUGAAAGUGGAAGAAAAGCAGUUUGGUUUGAGGCUUUUCUGAAAACUGUUGGAUUAUCAACAAAGAACAGCGACAUUAAUUUCACGCUUCAGGAGUGAAGCUGGUUUCAGUCUGACGGCUCUGCACAGCUCUGAUUGUAGCAACAACACCUCCAGCACCAAACACUCAGACAGACACACAAACACCCAGAGAGACGAGGUGUUGGUGCCGAUACACCCGGGUCCUCCUGACGUCCGACGGACCUGCUGCUCUGCCGGCAGCUCGUCAGCAGCAGCUGAGUUAGCAUUAUGUCACUGUGAAGUUCAUGUGUUCACCAGUUCCUGUUCUUCAACCGACAUGAGCGUCAAACGUUCUGGUCUCUGCUGAACCUCAGUGACGGUCAAUGGUGGACAUUAGCCUUGCUAGUAGCUCAAUUUGCUAAUGUCCUGUUUACACUGUCAUUAGCUGCUAGCGUUAGCUGCUUUUAGUUGAUGCUGGAUGUCGCUGUGGCCUGCUGCUGUUGAAUUGUUAUCGUUGCCCUGCUAAUGUUACUGAUUUUUGCUUUGGUAGCUAAUUAGCCUCAUGUUGUGUUGUCCAUUAGAUUGGUUUCCACACGACACACUCCUGGAUAAUUAAACAUUUUACCCUGUUGAACUAAAGUGGUAAACUUUAGUUUGCUGUUAGCUUUGUGACAUGUUGAGUGCUGGUAGCUUUGCCUUGCUAAUACUAUGUUGUAUUAUGACGAUAGCUUAGCUUGGCUACUGUUUUGUUAGCUUUGUCUUACUAACACAUGUCUAGCUGCCAUAUUUGCUAACUGCAGUUUUUGUAUUUAUUGUACCUUUGGAUUGCUAUCAUAAUAUGUGUUGUUAGCUGGUGCUGGAUCACGUUAACUCAAACUAAAAUUAAUGUUAAUCCAAACUAAAGUUUGAACCCUGCUAACUUAAUCAUGCAAAUGUUAGCUGAUGCUCAGUUGCUGAAGUGACAUAAGUUUUUGAGCUUUUUGCAUAAAUGAUUCUGGACACACCCAGAAAAUAGUUUUAUUUAUCCAAGGUGUUAGCUUUGUUCCCUGUUGUUCUAAUGUAUGAGUGGUUAUAACUUAGCUUACUUUGGCUAAUGUACUGUUAGCUCUGUGCCCUGUUGUAAUGUAUGAAUGGUAAUAGCUUAGCUAAUGUAACAUUAGCUUUGUGCCCUGUUGUAAUGUAUGAGUGGUAAUAGCUUAGCUAAUGUAACAUUAGCUUUGUGCCCUGUUGUAAUGUAUGAAUGGUAAUAUCUUAUCUGCCCCCCCUCCACAGUGUCCUGCUUUGUCACACCUGCCCCCAGCCUUUGAUUCAUUAUUGUGAACACUUCCCUGGAAGAGGAAACACGGCUGUGUUUAAACGUGUUAGAUAAAUGUGUGUGUGAUGUGGAAAUGUAAUUUAUCCAGUUUUGUAGAGAGAGCAGCAGAAAUAAAAGGAAACUUUAACCAUCA